AUUUCUGCUUGGGAAUUCGAGGGUACGAGGGAGUCGAUAAACCGACUGUUAGCGUUCAAAUUAGACACGUGAAUUUUUGUCUCAAUAGAAAAUAAUACUACACUUACACUUUAGAGUGUCAUCUUGGUUGAACCUGAUAAAAAUCAUCCAACAACUUCGAAGAAAUGAAUGGGGCAGUGACUAAGUUUAAUGGAGACUCUGAAGCCAAUAAUUUGAAUGCGAAAGAAGAAAUAGUAGAUUUUAGCGGGAAAGGACUCAAGUUAGAUACGGAAGCCGACGCCCAACCUAUUGUUAAUGCAAUUCAGGCUGCAAAAGGUUUGACAGGUCUCAUCCUUGAAGGAAACACUCUUGGUGUUGAAGCCGCCAAGGCUAUUGCCAAAGCAUUAGAAUCCAAACCAACCUUCCAGAGAGCACUGUGGAAAGAUGCUUUUACUGGCCGGUUGAAAGAUGAAAUUCCAAAAGCUUUGAGUUUCUUAGGAGGAGGACUCAUUUUGGCUAAAGCUAACUUAAUUGAGUUAGAUUUGAGUGAUAAUGCAUUAGGUCCAGUUGGUAUGGAAGGUCUUGUUCAGUUUUUGAAAAGCCCUGUCUGCUAUUCUCUAAAAUGUAUAAGAUUAAACAACAAUGGCCUUGGAAUUUAUGGUGGACGGAUGCUUGCCCAAGCUUUAAAUGACUGUCUUAAAGCCAGUAAAGAGGCUGGUUCUCCAUUGAGUCUGAAAACCUUCAUUGUUGGAAGAAAUCGACUUGAAAAUGAAGGAGCGAUUGCUCUGUCAGAAUUUUUCAAGGCAGUUGGAACCUUGGAAGAAGUCCAGAUGCCUCAAAAUUUUAUAAGACAUCCUGGUAUUCUCGCAUUGGCCAGUGCGCUUGUUUAUAACCCUGGCCUGAAAAUUCUUAACUUUAAUGAUAACACGUUCACCUGGAGAGGAUCACAAGCUGUUGCAGAAGCUCUUCCAAAAUGGCAGCAAUUGUCGGUUAUAAACUUUGGAGACUGUUUGAUCCGUACCAAGGGGGCUGAGUUCCUCGCCAAGGCAUUGUCAUCCGGACAUGAGCAUUUAAAGGAAGUCUAUAUGGAUCAUGGCGAAAUCAAUUUGAGUGGAGCAAAGCUAUUGGCUAAUUCUUUAAAAAACAAAAAAAUGCUUAAAAUAUGUGAUCUAAACGGUAAUCAGUUCGGUGAAGAAGGAUGUCAGGAGCUCAAGGAUAUCUUCAGUGGCUUAGGUGAAAAGGUUUUGCUGAGUUUAAGCGAUGAUGAAGGUGAACCAAGCAGCGAGGAAGAAGAAAGUGAACAAGAGGAAGAGAGUGGCGACGAAGAGAAAGAAGAGAAAGAAGUAGAAAAAUCUCUCGAUCAUGUGUCUGCUUAUGACACUUUGCAUCAACUUAAUGCUAAUCUGGCUCAGCUAACUGCAAACGAAGUCAUUCCGUCGACAGUGGAGGCACUACUUGCUGCACCCACUUUGGCUCGCUUCAAUGGGUUAGGUGACCAGAAAAGCUCAUUGAUUCUUCAACAUGUCGACCGUUUGAUUGCUGCCAAGCCCGAUGCAUUAUUUGCCGUUUACGCUGAGGUCAUCAUGAAAGUUAGCUCGACCGUCAAUCUGAGAUCGGAGAUAUCUUCAGUCGAAAAUGUUCAACAGUCCGUUGAUGCGAUUCUUAAAGCGGCUUUCGAAAAGGCCAAGUCAAUGGAUAAGAUGUCUGUUCUUGAUAACACACUGCUAGUGUACAUGGGUAUUCUAAAGAGUGAAGAUAAACAAUUUCGACCCACCUGGCCUCUGAGCGGAUUCUUUUUGAUUCUGGAACGCAUCCUCACCGUUGAUCCCAAUAACAUUCCACUCAGCACUCUACAAUCUUUGCAAACCUUCUUCACACAGCCUCAUCCAACUUUUGACAUUUAUAAAGAAGAAUCCGAUAGGUUAAAGAAAAUUCUGAACAAGUCUUGAAGAAGAAAAUGGAAAUCUUUAUAACUCACCUUUAAACGCUGCGUGUUCUUUCACGGAUGGUGUGUUAAAUACGUUUUUAUUUGUUUCAUCCUUCCCAAGUACAAUAAAUGUUUCAGACGUGGAAGCUGAAAUAAUCAAA